ACGGCAGCGCCAUGGUUAACAUCGCCCAGAGUUGCACUUCCACAAUGGCCGGUAAGGGAAUUUCUGUCCUCAUUUGUCCUCUGAGAGACCAUCUUAACUCCUUUUAUAAUUAACUAUACUGGGCUCUACAUUCUCAGCAUCUCUCUUUGCUGCACUUUACGUGAACCGUCACCAUGUGGGAAACAUUUAGCUCCUUUUGAUUAAGCUCUGUAAUGGCCCAUAAGAGAGGCAUUCUGUUCCAGCUUAUCGUAUACUGUAAUUAGGAUUAUUUUCCUUGUUAUAUAGAGUCGUUAAGAAUUUGUUUCCUUGAGGCAUGUUUGCAGCAAAGAUCCUCAGACGUUACAGUGCAGAAUCAGAACUUUGGAUCUCUACCCAAACCUAUUAGCUGUGUUAUCUCCUUCUUUACGCUGCAUGGUUGCUUUGGUUUCGAUAACAUCCUUGGCCCACUUGAUACACGCCCGUUGUUUGGGUGAUGAUGUCAUUAUAUGGAAAUGGAUAGGGGCCGAGGCAGGGGAAUAGGAGGGGGGGGGCGGGAAUCACCCUGAACAUCAGCACCCUGAACAUCAGCACACAGAUGGGAGUGGAUGGGAGUCAAACAUUCCUUGUAAACUUUAUUUGUUUAAAGAAUAGCUCGGCGGGUCGGCUGGCCGAGCAGCUGUUGCUUGUUCUGCAUUGAAGACCGUGGUAGUGAUAGUAUCAUUUUAAGCACUCUUUUGAGGCCUUUGAUUAGCAGUUGUAAAGUAGUGAUAAUCGGACACGGUAUGUGUCAUCCAUGUGAAGCUGUAGGCUGAAAUGUGAGGACAGUUUUACCGAGGUAAAGCUCACAGCAGCCGUGCCUCCACAGCUAAUAUGGUACAUCCAGGUGGUUUCCCCAGAACUUUUCCUCACCGCAUAGAUUCUCUUGUUAUAAAUAAAGCCCAUCUGAUGAUAUCACCACCGGGGCUUGUUCAAUCUUCUGUUGUUGUGCUUCUUACUUGCUGCCCCUUCCUGUUUAAAUUAAGACCCUCCUCAUCUGUGGGGCACCAGGGCUCCCGCUGCCACACGACCCAGUUUCCUCUGGAGGAACUCCCUCCCCUCUUCCUGUGAACGCCCCUCCUCACAAGUCUCCGAAGGGAGGCCAGAGCUAAAGAGGUGUCCAAGGGUGAGGAGCUUCAUUUAAGCUCGGGGAUGGAGGCACGGAGGAAAGGGUGGUGAUGGGCCUGGAGUAUAGAGGGACUAAGUAGGCAACAUGUGGUGUCUGCAGUGUGCCUCGGACAGGUCCUUGCUGGAGCUGGAAUCAGACAGCUGUGUGGAAGGUGAUGCUGCAGGCAGCGAAGUGGGCGCCUCUGUGGACCCCAGCAGCGGAUACAGUUGUAUCCCAGUGACCCACAGCGGCGGGCUGGGCCCCGACCACCUGGACAGCCAGCUCUACGGACACAUCCUGCUGCCCGGCCACCUGCGGCCCCGCCGACCCAAGCUCCAGCACUCCCAGUCCAUCCUCCGCAAGCAGGCCGAGGAGGAGGCCAUCAAGCGCUCCCGCUCGCUGUCGGAGAGCUAUGAACUCUCGUCGGACCUGCAGGACAAGCAGGUGGAGAUGCUAGAGCGUAAAUAUGGUGGGCGUUUCAUAACCCGGCAUGCAGCCCGCACCAUCCAGACAGCCUUCCGCCAUUACCAGAUGAACAAGAACUUUGAGCGUCUAAGAAGUUCUAUGUCUGAGAACCGUAUGUCCAGACGGAUCGUCCUAUCCAAUAUGAGAAUGCAGUUUUCCUUUGAAGGACCUGAAAAAGUCCACAGCUCCUACUUCGAGGGAAAGCAGGUCUCGCUAACCGAUGACGGCACCAAAAUCGGUGCACUGGUGCAGUCGGAGCACGGUGGGGAGAUGGGCAUGCAGGCCAAGACCCCCACCACGCAGAGCGACUUCACAGACGCUAUCACAGAACUAGAAGAUGCCUUCUCCAGGCAGGUCAAAUCUCUAGCUGAGUCCAUAGAUGAUGCGCUAAACUGUCGCAGUCUGCAUGGUGACGACAACCAGUCGGAGCCAGGGAGAGGCCACCAGGACAUGGACAGGGAGGUCAGCUGCCAGGUGAAACCCUCCCACGGCGCUUCGGAACACCGCAAACUGGAUGAGAUGACGGCGUCUUACAGCGAUGUCACCCUUUACAUCGAUGAAGAAGAACUGUCACCACCACUGCCCCUGUCUCAAUCUGUGGACCGACCCUCCAGCACAGAAUCCGACUUGCGUCAGCGUUCCCUCAACUCUUCCCAGGACUACUGGUCACUGGCUCAUAAGGAUGACAAAGGAGACACGGACACCAGCUGCCGUAGUACACCAUCUUUGGAGUGCCAAGAGCAGCGUCUGCGGGUGGACCACCUACCCUUACUGACCAUUGAGCCUCCGAGCGACAGCUCGGUGGAGCUGAGUGAUCGCUCCGACCGCAGCUCCUUGAAGAGACAGAACGCCUACGACCGGAGCCUCAGUAACCAGCAGAGCAGCCCCAAACAAAUCGGCCACAGCCUGCCACCCCGAGGGCCUUCCAGAGACGAUGAUGCCACCCGCCAUCGGCCACGGCAACUGGAGGCCCACCUGGCCAUCAACGGCACCGCCAACCGGCAGAGCAAGUCAGAGUCUGAUUUCUCCGACGGUGACAACGACAGCAUCAACAGCACGUCCAACUCCAAUGACACCAUCAACUGCAGCUCCGAGUCCUCGUCCAGGGACAGCCUGAGGGAGCAGACGCUCAGCAAGCAGACUUACCACAAAGAGACUCGCAACAGCUGGGACUCGCCUGCAUUCAGUAAUGACAUCAUCCGCAAGAGGCACUACCGAAUUGGCCUCAACCUCUUCAACAAGAAACCAGAAAAAGGCAUCCAGUAUCUGAUAGAGCGAAACUUUGUUCCGGACACUCCAGUGGGUGUGGCCCACUUCCUGCUCCAGAGGAAAGGCUUGAGUAGGCAGAUGAUUGGCGAGUUCCUGGGUAACAGACAAAAACAGUUCAACCGAGAUGUCCUCGACUGUGUGGUGGACGAAAUGGACUUCUCCGCUAUGGAGCUGGACGAAGCGCUCAGGAAAUUCCAGGCACACAUCAGAGUGCAGGGUGAAGCACAGAAGGUCGAGCGGCUGAUCGAGGCCUACAGCCAACGCUACUGCAUCUGCAACCCCGGCGUGGUGCGGCAGUUCAGGAACCCCGACACCAUCUUCAUCCUGGCCUUUGCCAUCAUCCUCCUCAACACGGACAUGUACAGCCCCAACGUCAAGCCAGAGAGGAAGAUGAAGUUGGAGGACUUUGUCAAGAACCUUCGAGGAGUGGACGACGGGGAAGACAUCCCCCGAGAGAUGCUGGUGGGGAUUUAUGAGCGGAUUCGCAAGCGGGAGCUCAAGACCAACGAAGACCACGUAUCCCAGGUCCAGAAAGUGGAAAAACUCAUUGUCGGAAAAAAGCCGAUUGGCUCGUUACACCAUGGUCUGGGCUGUGUGCUUUCUUUACCCCACCGGAGACUGGUCUGUUACUGCAGACUUUUUGAAGUACCCGACCCCAACAAACCUCAGAAGUUGGGCCUUCACCAAAGGGAGAUCUUCCUCUUUAACGACCUGCUGGUGGUUACAAAAAUUUUCCAAAAGAAGAAGAACUCUGUGACGUACAGCUUCCGGCAGUCCUUCUCACUUUACGGCAUGCAAGUGCUGCUCUUUGAGAACCAGUAUUAUCCCAAUGGAGUCCGUCUGACCUCAGCCAUUCCCGGAGCUGACAUCAAAGUCCUCAUCAACUUCAAUGCACCCAAUCCUCAGGACCGUAAAAAGUUCACUGACGAUUUGCGAGAAUCUAUCGCUGAAGUCCAAGAGAUGGAGAAGUACCGGAUAGAAUCUGAGCUAGAGAAGCAGAAGGGCGUGGUGAGGCCCAGCAUGUCCCAGAAGGAAACGGGCAACGGCAACCUGAGCCGAGCGAGCCUCGACGACAGCUACGCCGUCAGCGAGGGUUUGAAGAGAAGCGCCCUCAGCAGCUCCCUACGGGACCUCUCGGACGCAGGCAAGCGUGGGAGACGCAGCAGUGCGGGAUCACUAGACAGCAAUAUUGAAGGGUCCAUCAUUAGCAGCCCUCACCUGCGCCGGAGGACCCCCUCGGGCCGAGACUGCCCGUCCCGCCACAGUGGCCAGUCCCUGCCCAACUCCUCCUCGCUGCUUGGAACUCUGUUCGGUACCCGGCGGGUGAAGUCCCCCAGCCCCACACCGCAGGCCCUGCACCCCACCCUCAUCUCCCACACCCCUCACCCCGCCAACCUGCACCACACGGCCCGGUCGGACACGGACGCGCCGGCCUCUGCGCACCCUCACCACGCCCAGUUCUGCCACGCGACCCAGAACCCCCCGCCUUACCACCACCACCACCACUACAACCCACCGGCCCACCUGCAGCACCCACCGCACCAGUACCACCCGGCGCCGUCUCACGGCCAGCAGCCGGCCUACCCGCCACACCCCCAUGCCCACGGGAGCCACCCGCCGCACCCCUCCCACCCCGCUCACGGGCCCCACCACCACGGCCCACCGCUGGCGCCCUCUCAGGCACCCAGCAGCACCAAGCCCAAACACAGCGGCAUCAGCACCGUGGUCUGAGGCGCACGGAAUGGUGGGGGGUGGGGGGGAGCUCUCUGACUGAACUCUUGAUUUUUUAAAAUCCGAGACUAACGAGACGUUUGCACUGUGCAUCCGCCGGUCUGGGGAUGUGAAGCCAGACGAGAUCCUGUGCCGCCUUUGGCAUUUUUUUGUUUCGUUUUUUGUUACGCUCGGGGCAGCGUAUUCAAUACAAACACAUCUCCUCUCCAGUCGCUCCCUUUCAUUUCAUCUCACAGGUCACGCCUGGCUGCCUCUAGAGCAGCAGACAACGACGCAAGAGCAUGCACAAAGACCACGACUACUGUUCCUCCUCAGUAACUUCAAUUGACACGAUCUAAUAUCUUGCUCGCAGGUAUUUUACAGAAGAUUUAACCUAGUGUGUGUGUGUGGGGGGGGUGGGUGGCGUGGCUGAACGGACAGAACGGUCAUCCUCAGCCGUACAGUAGCCGUACCAGUAUUUAAUGUAGCGGUAGCUCACAGUGCACUGUGAUAUCUCUGUUAGCAGCGAUAAAUGUGCCAAUUAUGGAAGCAUUUACUAAUUUAGUCACAAGAAUUGCUUUGUGUAUAUUGUGCAUAGUGUUUUGUAAAAUGAUAAUAUCAACUGUUAUUAUUAUAUUAUUACAGAACAAAACAACGUUGAUUAUAACUCUCAGUAUAUUAUACUGGCACAUAGCUGGCGUAUUUUCACUGUUAAGAACCCGAUCAGAGCUUUUAUUAGUGGGGCAGUUAGCGAGGACGGUGCUGUGAAUGGUUGCCUUUGACUUAGGAUGAGAUUGUCGAAGGCCGCUGCAGACUUUGACGUCCAACCGCGCUCGUCUUUGGUUUCGUAUUUGUCUCUCAGCCACAACGAGCCGCCGCGCAAAACAGAUUCACCUGAAUGUCCGCCAUCAUUUUAUUUUUUUAAAACAAAGGUUUUCUUGGGAGUCCAAUGAACGCUCCGGACUGGACUGCAGCCUGGUGGGGUCGUGGAGGAGGAGGAGUUUUUGUUUUUCCCGGAAGCUGACAGAGUCUGCGCAAACCGUGUAGCGGGGUCUUUAACGUCCCUCCCUGAAUGUGGAAGCUCUCAGCUGGCUGAGUAGUCCCCUCUUCGGUUUCACUGCGCGUCCCACAGAGCGGGCGCCUCGACCACAGUGGCAGAACAUCAAUAAUUAUCAUUCUGCGACGGCGCUCGGCCGCAUCGGUUCACUCACCGGGAAAGGCAGUUUUUAUAUCAAUCAUCCUUCUGACAUAUUACCGGACGGCCGUCCCGUCUGUGGCGUGUGCAGAGCGGAGGCAUAGGGGGGGGGGGGGGUGCUGGAGCAUAUUUUCUGUUGAAAAGUGACAGACACAGCACCUGUUUGUUUAGUUGAUAUCAAUGGCAGAAGUUAGUCUGAAUCUGUUUGAAGACUAAAAGAUGGAUUUUUUUUUUUUUACUGGUAUGUAUAUGUAUUUACUUUUUUUGUGUCUCAGAGCUAUUUCAAUCCGGUUGUUCCAUUUUGUUUGGUUCUAUUAGAGUUGUCCCCCCGCCCCGAACGUCCUUUGUCAUUCCUUCCCUCAUGUUUCAGUCGAGUGCAAGUAUCCACAGGGGAUUCGGAUGGACUGGACCUUCCACGCUGAUAAAGAAUGUCAAAGAAAAAUCAUUUUGCAUGUAACAAUGUCUUUCCAGGCUAUUUUCUAACUGUCGUGUAUUCCCAAACUAUAUCAAUGUUGCAGUCGACAGUUGUUAAAAACAAAAAAACAAAAAAAGAUGAAUGAUAGAAUAGUUUUGACUUCUUCGAUUACAGCUAACAGAAGUCAACUAAGUAUUUGUGUCACUCCAGAGGACAACAACAGCCGUAUCGUUUCCUGAUGCGCGCGCAGCAGUCCGCCGGAUCAUUGGCGUACAACGGGAGUCAAAGCUGUGGGAGAGGAGGUAGAGCGAUGAGGGACGUGAUCUCCAUAAUUUACCACCCAUCUCAGUCAAUGGCUCACACGUUACUGUCCACUGAUAUCCAGUAGAUAUGUCAAUACUUCUGUCGUAAGGCACCACCCUCUGAAAAAGUACCCCUCAUAAAGGGUUAGACUAAGAAACUAAUUUGAUUCAUCGAUAAAGUUAAGUAAUCUUUGAAUACGGAAGCAGAAAGUAGAUGGCCCGCAAUUUUUUUUUCUUGCUGUUAUCUCGAGAUCACCAGUUAAUUGUUUCGUAAUGUCGAGAAAACAAACUUUGUCCUAUCGAGAUAACGACUUUAUUAUCUUUUUAAAUACAGUCUUUUUAUAUUAUAUUUUUUUAUAGACAGGCUUCUCUACGGUCAGCUCGAUCCGGGUCGAUUGAAUGCAUUGACCAUUAGCGCCAGUAAAAGAGUGCACUGGGUAAAGGCUUGACUGCAGUCGGCAUUGUCCUCCUAGUCUCUGAUAAAUUCAAGUAUUAAGAGGAAGCAACCUUUUUUGUUUUGAAAGUUCAUUUUCUCGAGAACUUGUGUUCUGAAGAUAACAGCAUUGAAAAAAAUAACUGCUAGCGCAACAGCUCUCGGCUUCCGUAGUUUAAAUGCAUUAAUGGUUGAUAAAUAAUUUGCUUUACACAUCAAUAAUAUGCCAUUCAUGAGAACAAUUUUUGGGUUGCCAUGUUUUGAAAAUAUCCCCUUUGGCUGUUGUUAAUCCUCCAGCAAAUGCUAGUAAUACCUAGUUUACACUGUACGACUUUAGCCUUUCAUUUUACUCGCCGUUUUUGGAACUCCCGGACAAAAAAACUGAAGAUCCUCAAGAUCAAAGGCAAAUUGGAGUUGUCUCUGUGCUCAAUCGUUAUGUGUGAACUGUUCUGUUUAUCAACAGAUUAUUACUGAUAUAUAAAGCAUUAGUAAAGUAUUUAUACAUCAUUACUGAAGCCUUUAGUUACCACCUCUAAACCCUUUAUAAAAGGGUACCUCGUAGACAGUGUUUGCCAUGAUCCAAAAUGUACUCAGCCGGCUUUAUGUACUGUAGGCUCCCUAAAACCUAACAUUUGAGUUUGACUCUAAAUUUGUCAAAUAUACAGCAUUUAAUCCAGCGUAGUUUAGGUGUCUAUGGAGUCACAAAAGUGCCAAUACUACAUGGUCAUUACAUUUCAAAUCGGUUUUCUACCAAAAUGAAAUGGUCCCAGCACAAUGCCCACAGUUGACCGACCGAAAACUUCUGUCUUCAGACCAGAGUCUGAUUACCAGCCAGUUGUAACGGCAUAAUGGUGCAAACGGCAGCCAAGAAGAAACCUACCUUCUUCUAUUGGCGGCCCCCAGAAUUAUGUCCAAUCACAGUGUUCUCAGUCACAACCCAGCAGUUAUUUCAGGCGACUGAUCAAUCGAAAAAAAAACUGAUUCCGUGUGAGGUGUUUUGUCGCAUGCCGUUGAUGCCUACCAUUUCUUUUCUCUCUCUCUCUCAUUUUGUUUUGUUUUAAGUGUGGUUCUAUCGAGCGGUGGGCUUGUAUCGCCCCUAAACUUUCAGCAUUGAUUUCUCUGACUGAUGCUCGUUUCAUUUUUGAGAGAUUUCUGGCCCUAUAAGUGUGUCUUUUCAUUCCAAGUUGUGACAUCUUACUCCCGGCAUGCAUUUCACCUCUAUUUCCACUGUACAGUACAAAGACAUGGCGGUACACUGCUGGGUGUAAAUAGCAAAUCCAUCUGGGGGGAACAUGAAGUAAGUCGAUGAAGAGGCUCUGAAAGGGAGGUGACGUGUUACGGGUGUGUGGGUAGCAAAAACCAAUGAGAUAAACACAUGUAAAUAGCCUGUAAAUAAUGAUAAUUAUUAUUACUUCUACUGCUCGGUGUCUGCAGUUCCAUUGAAGGUGCAUUCCUGCUCCCCUCUGAUAUUUACAUAAUCAUCAACUGCUUUCUCUCUGCCUCCGACCGGGACUGAAUUAUCAUAGGGAUGUAGAGCCGGCUAUGUUACGCGGUUGACGCGGCUUCCGGCUCAUUUUCCGGAGACGCUCCUGUUCUCUCGCACUCACGGCCCAUUUUUGGGAGGUCGAAUGGAAGGGAGGAGUGCUCCUUAUUUUAUUACGCAUUCUGUUUCUAAGUAGACAACACCCUAUCGAUGUAAAACUAGUACUGUGACGAUGUUGAGAAACGCAAAAUAAAACGAUAUAUUGU